AUGACUGUCGAACUCGAGACCUUUCAAGUCCCUGGCGCCAGGACCUACUUCGGCCAUGCUCUGCCCUAUGGAUUGCAGGUCAAGUCGAACGGCGCAACCAGUCAUACACCUCCCGUCACCGAGUCUGCAGCAGCGCUGAGAGCCUUAGGAGAAUCAGGAAAACUCCAAGACCUUUUGGAAAAGCAUGGUGCCGUCUUGAUCCGCGGUGCUGGUAAUGCCUCGGCCGAGACUUUCUCGCAGCUCGUGGGUGCAGCUGAGAAAGGCAGAGGCUCUUAUCCUCAUGUUCAAAUUGGACUGGCCGGCAAGAGAACUCCACUUGCGGACAACGUUUGGACGGCCAACGAAGGGUCACCAAGCACUCGAUUCUACCAACACAAUGAGUACUCUAGGUACACUCGUUUUCCUUCAAACAUCCACUUCUACUGUGUGAAGAAAGCCACCAAAGGUGGCGCAACACCAAUUGCAAGCAGCGCCAAUGUAUUCGAAAAGGUCCAGGCCGAGAUACCGGAGCUCGUGAAGGAAAUAAGGAAGCGUGGCUUGGGCAUGAAGAUGGUCUUCCGUGCUCCCGGAAAUGAAGCCAAGGUGAAUCAGUUCAACUGGGCUGGCGAGCACAGCUUCGGACAGAAACUUACGGCCGAGGACGACGAAGCGACGACGAAACAAAAGGUCGAAAGACAAGUGCGCAAGUUGACAUCAGAUUUUAAGUGGAACGAUGAUGGAAGUCUCGAGUUGACGCAGCACAUUCCCGGCAUUCGCAGGCUGCCAUCGAGCGGAAGGCCCAUUUGGUUCAACGGACUGGUUGGACGCCAUGGUAUUACGCGAGAUAUUGGUGCUCUCGACCCUCCCCAUAUCGGCCGCGACGGAAUGACCUAUCUUCCUAGUGUCUAUGGAGACAAUACAGAGAUCCCGCAAAGGCUUCUCGACAAGCUUGUUGAUGUGAUUGACGAGGAGGAGAUCAGCUUAGUUCUCGAAGAAGGAGAUCUGUUGCUCGUUGACAACUUCCAAGUCUCUCACGGAAGAGAGCCGUGGGAGGGCGACAGGCAGAUCCUGGUCUCGAUGUGGGACACAUCAAUCCCAAUUGGAGCGUACUAGUGGACGUUCUGAUAUUCUCAGAGAAUGGCCU